GGUUUCUCAAGAUCCUCAUCUUCUUUUCCCAAUUCAGAGUUGUGCGAGGAACUUGGCAUUUACAAGAUUCCCAAUAUGAAUAUAAACAAGAAGGCCAAGAAAUAUCUAGUGAAUAUUCUUCCAAAUACAACAAUCCGCAGUAGAUAUGGGAGCUUCCUCAAAGCGAUAUUUGUUGAAUUUUGCCCUUGAGGUCUAGAAAAGCUUCUGGAGUUUGGUUUUCACAGCCAUGAUUUCUUACUUGGCGAUAUCAGUGCUUUUCACUUCAUGCUUGGUAUUAGGACCGGCCUCUAAUCCUCAACUUCUCAGCACAAAUUCUUGGCAAGUACAAGUCUGGCCAUGAGCUCAAUUCUCCCAAAGCAAAAUUGAGGAUGGGAAAUAUGUAUAAGAAGGGAGUGAAAGUCUGGUCUCAAUCAUAUUUCCUCAUCAACACAAUCACAACUUAAUCAACGCUCUAAGUUCUCUACUCUUUGAACAAUCAAACAUCCAAUCCUUUAAUAUCUUUCGAGUAAUCAGACCUCACCCAGUCAACAUGAAGUUCACCAUUACCGCCACAGCUACAACCCUCCUCUUCACAACCACAACCAUCGCAGCUCCUGCUGACGGCGCAACUUAUGCAUCUUACGGUAGUUACCAAUGGGCAAAUGGGGCCCCAGUAAGCGACCAAGAUGUGUCCAAAGAUAACCCAAAAUCUCCCGAGGUACUAGCCGACAUGCCAGUUGCCCCAGCUGCUCAAAGCGGCGGAUCACCUUUCGUCUUUACGAGCACAUACAAUGUCGUUGCUCUCGGAUCCGAAGUUCGCAAUGGUACCGUCUCGGUUCCAGGUCCUUCAGAUGCUGUCGGAUAUUUCAAUUAUGGAAUCAAUGCUCAUCAAGAUACUAUUUGCUACAACAUCACCCUACUCAACGUAGCUGGAACCUAUCAAUCGCCCGCCAAAACCGCAACACACAUCCACGAAGCCGCUCGCGGUGCAUCCGGACCUCCUCGUCUUGCAUUCCCAAACCCAGUCGGUGAUGAUUAUCGUAGAGUUAGUGUGGGCUGUAUGACUGGUCCUUUCACAACGGGUAUCAAUGCUCCUAAUGGAGGACAAGAUACGGGUACGGGCUUCAAGGUUGCGCAGAUUGAAGCUUAUCCUGCGGGAUUCUUUACGGAUGUUCAUACCAAUCUGUUCCCAUUGGGUGUUGUUAGAGGUCAGCUUGCAUAGAUGGGGUUGUUGGAGGUGGAUACUUGGGGGGUUUAUAAUGGUUCAUUGGUUAGGAUAUUGGGGGACUGAGGUAAUGAUUUAUGUGUGGGAAAUGUGUUGAAAUGUAUACAUGAUGUUUUUUGGAUUUAUGUAGUAUAAUUUAUUUUUAUGGAAAUUUUAAGAAGAAUCGAUGUGUUAAAUG